AAGCCUCCUCACGGCAUCUGAUGCAUCAAUUUUGGGAGGAACAUUCACAGAAUUCCUCGCUGGAGGAAAUGAUGCUGGACUCCAGAGCCCAGGAACUCACUCAAGAAGAUACACCUGAGAUACUCAGUCUUCUGCCUUUCCUAGAGGGACAGGAAGUGUUAGAAUUGGGAGCCGGGAUAGGCCGAUUUACUGGAUCGCUGGCUGGAUUAGCCCAUCAUGUGACUGCGGUUGAUUUUAUGGAUAGCUUCUUGAAACGGAAUUGGGAAGGAAACGGCCAUCGGACCAACAUAACGUUUUUACAGGCUGAUGUUACCACCUUGGAGUUCCCAAGCCAGAGCUUCGACCUCAUCUUCUCCAACUGGCUGUUCAUGUACCUGUCAGAUGCUGAGCUGAAGGCCUUAAUCCUGAAGAUGCUUCUGUGGUUAAAACCGCAUGGCCAUAUUUUCUUCCGGGAAUCGUGUUUUUACCAGUCAGGAAACAGCCAUAGAAGUUUUAACCCUUCCUUUUACCGAAAGCCGGCAGAAUACAAUCAACUCCUCACCUCAGCCCAAGUGACAAUCGGAAACAUGUCUUAUGGAUUUGAGAUUGUUUUAUCCCGUUCAGUGCAGACCUACAUCAAGGUAACAGCCCUUCCCUUUCUGCUUUCGAUACUCUGAGAUGGAAAGGGGGCCUCUGAGCAUAAGCAGACAGUCUUUGUCCUUCUUUUCAUUAAACUACUAGACAAUCCUCUCCAGUGCUGUUCUGAAGUCCAACUAGUAUCCCGCAUUUUCUCUUAGGAGCUGGCCAGCCUACUGGAUUUGAAACCAGGUCAACGUGUGUUGGACGUCGGCUGUGGACUUGGGGGUAGCGAUUUUUACCUGGCCAAGGAAUUUGGGGUGGAGGUCUUAGGCCUUGAUCUUUCGUCCAACAUGGUGGAGAUGGCUUUGGAAAGGGCGCAGAAGGAACCCAGUUCCCUGGUCCAAUUUGAAAUCAGUGAUGUGACCCGAAGAAUAUUUCCAGAAGCCUCCUUUGAUAUUGUUUACAGCCGAGAUACUAUCCUGCACAUCGAAGACAAAAUUAGUCUUUUUCGGAAGUUCCUGUUGUGGCUGAAUCCUGGCGGGCAACUUCUCAUCUCUGAUUAUUGCUGUGGGCCACGCCCGUGGUCCACCGUUUUCACCCAAUAUGUCAAGCAGAGGAAAUACAACCUGCUCACCCCAGAAGAGUACGGCCAGUUAUUGCAAGAGGCUGGGUUCAUCCGAGUCCAAGCGUUGGACUCCACCAACCAGAUGUUGUCUUCAUUGACCCAAGAGCUUCAAGCCCUGGAGACAAGCAAGGAGACAUUUGUUCAGGAGUUCUCUGAGGAAGAAUUUGAAUCCAUGGCGUCCAGUUGGCGAGCAAAAUUGCAACGCUGCGCAGCCGGAGACCAACGCUGGGGAGUCUUCCUCGCCCAGAAGCCAGAGUAGAUCAGGGCAGGAAUUCACACACACACAAACACACACCCAGACACCUUUCUUUGUUGUUGUUAGUUGCGAACUCGUG